CUCGGAAUAGUUGUGGAAUCGUAGUAGCAUGAUGUGCGUUUUGUUUUGUGCAGUUUCGUGUUGUCUGACCGACGAAAAGUGAGUGUGGUGUUUGUUAAUUAGCCCCGUUGUUGGUGAAUGAUUCGAUAGUCGUCAGUUGGUGAGUUGAUUUGCUAGAAAUUACAUGUAAAAUGACGUUGGGUUUUGUUUUGUUUGAUUUGUUGAUGCCCUAUGCGGAGGUUGGUAAACAUCAUAGUGUAUGAUAUGCCACCAAUCCAGUUCAGACAGGAGCAUCGAAAAGAAGGUUUCGACCUUCUCUAUUGCUGCAUGGAUGGGUCAGCAUCGUGUUGCACAGGUUGCUGCUGAGGCGGCGGUUGUGCUUGGUGUGGAUCCAUCAUGGGUUGUUGUUGUUGCUGUUGCUGCUGUUGAGCAGCAGCCUCUUGCUGGGCUUGUGCUUGUGCCUGUUCCUCUUCUUCUUUCUGCUGUUCCUUAAUUACAGAGGCAGCAUACGUAUCACUGACCUUGCAUUGAACACCCACAAAGUUGGUAAUGUUUCCAGCAGCGUCUCUAAGAGCGGCAAUGAAGAACUGAUUCCAAAAGGUCGAUCCAUCGACCCGGUAGUUCAACAGGCACACACUGAGGUCGGUCCCUUGUUCAAUAGCGUUUCGAAUGCGCUCUACUGCCUUGGGAUCCGUUUCGGGCCCUUGCAAGAACCGGCAAUUGCGGCCUAGGAUUUGAUCGAGCGAGUAUCCUGUUAGGUUUAAAAAACCCUGCGAGGCAUAGACAAUCGGAUUGUCCGGGAGAGAGGGAUCGGUGACCACAAAGUUCUGCUGCGCCGUCUGGAGCGCCUUAAUGAAGGAAAAGUCUGGAUCAUCCAAUACCUUGUUGGCGGCACCCUGAGACGAAGUGAUGAGUCGCAUGUCUCCAUUGGAACCGUCCAUCUUUUGUUCCAAAAGCUUCUCGGCCUGUUCGUCCCCAACAUGGUUGCGGAUGGAGUCCCGGAGCUUCUCAUUUUCCUCCUUGAGCAUGGCCACGCUUUGCUGCAGAGAUUCCAGCAAGAACUUCUUGCGGAUGCGACUUCGCUUCGCGUGCUCGCGAUUCCGUUCUCUGGGGAUGGCGUAAAUUUGUUUGUGAGGACGUUUUAGUAGCACACGUUACCGUUGCGGUUGUGGCAAUCAUUGGUAGACGGAAUAGAGCAUGAAGAAUAAAAUAUUAGAGAAGAAAGAUAAAAAAUACCAUGAAUAAAUAACUAUAAAUGCAAGCGUCAUAGGUCACGAAGGGACGUUUGAAUCACCCGAAGAGAAGGUCGCCCAAAAGCACUCAGGCGUUCCGUAUCGUUCGAAGAAUCUGAAUCGCAUUUGAAAGCAUUUGUAGCAUUAUCGAAAAACAACACGACACAACCAACUUACCGCCGUUCGUUCUUUUGUUGUUCGCUCAUUUUGCGUUCACUCGACCUAGAUGACUUCUUCUUAGUCAUGGAGGCGUAUUGGAGAUGAUGCCGUUGCUGUGGUGCCUCUUUGUAUGGAACCUGUGCAGUUGUUUUGGUCACACCGGGCACCAUGGCUCCCAUUGCCCUCGCGGGCUUGCUAGCAUCGUGGAGCUGGGUGGUGUAAAAGCCUCCCCCAUUCUGUACAGUAAUUGCCUGAGGCUGCUGGCUGUGCUGCUGCGAGUGAUGGUCUCCGGUUUGAUGUACAAUCUUGCUAGCUUGUGUUGUAACGUGCUGUUCACCCGAAGCGAGUGCGUCCUGCUCCUCGCUCAGAAAUACCGUGUCUCCAUCGGGGGUGAACAUGACGUCUCCAAAAAUAUCAUCCAGAUUUAAGGUAGAGGGUGUACCGCGCUGUGCCACGGCGGCCUGUGUAGUCGCAGAGAGGUUCGUCGUGAACAUCGGGGCUUGCUGCUGUUGCUGAUUGUUCAUCUUUGUUGAGAUUAUUAAUGGGUAUGUGCGGUUGCGCAGCGCAAUGGCUUCGGUCUAGGCCAAUAUGCGAUUCAGGAAACAGAGUCUGGAGAUAUGAACCGUAUCGAUAGACACCAAAUGCGUACUAUAAUAAAAGCUGAUACUACCU